UCCAAAGAGACAGGGUUGACCAAAUUACUCAACUUUUUCUUCACCUUACCACCUGUCCAUUUACUCAAAAUGAAUGGCACUGAGGGCAACAACUUCUACAUCCCCAUGUCCAACAGGACUGGGCUUGUAAGGAGUCCUUUUAUAUACCCUCAGUACUACUUGGCGGAUCCAUGGCAAUUCUAUCUGCUUGCUGUCUACAUGUUUUUCCUGAUCUGCUUUGGAUUCCCCAUCAACGGUCUGACCCUGUAUGUCACAGCCACAAACAAGAAGCUCCAGCAACCUCUAAACUUCAUUCUGGUCAACUUGGCUGCAGCUGGAUUGAUCAUGGUCCUCUUUGGAUUCACUAUCACCAUUACAUCUGCUGUCAAUGGCUACUUCAUCUGGGGACCAUUGGGCUGUGCCAUUGAGGGAUUCAUGGCUACACUUGGAGGUCAGGUGGCUCUAUGGUCUCUGGUGGUGCUGGCAAUUGAGAGAUACAUUGUGGUCUGCAAGCCCAUGGGCAGCUUCAAAUUCAGUGUCGCCCAUGCUGGUGCUGGUGUUGGAUUCACCUGGGUGAUGGCUGCCACCUGCGCUGUUCCCCCACUGGUUGGCUGGUCCAGAUACAUCCCUGAGGGCAUGCAGUGUUCAUGUGGACCUGACUACUAUACUCUGAGUCCAGGCUACAACAAUGACUCAUAUGUCAUAUACAUGUUUGUCUGCCACUUCAUGGUUCCAGUCUUCAUCAUUGCCUUCACUUAUGGAAGCCUUGUCCUCACAGUCAAGGCGGCGGCAGCUUCCCAGCAGGACUCAGCAUCCACCCAGAAAGCUGAGAAGGAAGUGACACGUAUGUGCCUCCUGAUGGUUAUGGGUUUUCUAAUUGCCUGGACCCCCUAUGCCUCUGUUGCUGCUUGGAUCUUCUUCAACAAAGGAGCUGCGUUCACUGCCCAGUUCAUGGCUGUCCCAGCCUUCUUCUCAAAGAGCUCAGCCAUCUUCAACCCAGUCAUCUAUGUGCUGAUGAACAAACAGUUCCGUAACUGCAUGCUGGCUGCUGUAGGCAUAGCAGCCCCUGAGGAUGAGACUUCUGUGUCAACAAGCAAGACAGAAGUGUCUUCUGUGGGCCCUGCAUAGAGACUUCCCUCACGCUGCACUUCCUGCCCUCUGAUUUCUACCCUUGUCUGAUGCUCUACAUGGACUGCUUUUGAAGACACACUUCUUUCACCAAAUGGACAUUAAACUGUACUGACCUGUAAUGAUUGGGCUCUGUUGUUCUCUCUACGCUCACAGACUGUGCCACUUAAUGUAGUUGAGAAUUGACUUGACAUACAUUUUAUACUCGUCCAAAAGAAACAGCUGAUUUGCCUCUUAUAGGUGGUAACAAAUGGAUGAGCCUCAGGCUUUCAGAACAGCUCUAAUGUUUGUCUUGAUGGAUCAUGACAUUUUAUUUUUAUUUUAUGGCGAGGCCAGCAAUUAUUUUGUUGUCAUCAUUUCCUGUGUAUACAGUAUUUUAUAAAUUUAUAAACUAGAUAAAUACAUGCAUGAAACUA